AUGUCUCUCUCUCAUCCUGCGUGGGAGCACCACACUGGGCCCCUUUACAAAGUCUGGCAGGAAUGGUGGGGAAAAUCAGAGAAUGAAGCUGAGCUGGUCGCUGGGAAAGUCAUCGACUUCAAGUCCUCGACCGUGAACUUCGCUGAACCCACUAAGGGACAGUUCGUCGUCCGGGAGUAUCACACUUCACUUCUCACAAGUCUUCAGCAAGUGGACACACACCGCCACGGAGGUGUGGUGAUAUCCGGUCAGCCAGGAUCAGGAAAAAGCUACAGCCUUCUGUAUCUGCUGCUCCAGAAGUUAAUCAAACGCGAACCCAUCCUUUUCCUUCCAGUCAACACCGGCGCCCACUACUUUUCUUCGGAUGGUGUCCAGUAUAGCUCACUAGUUGACGAGACUUGCUUAGACGAAAUCAACGACGAUGAAAAUUGUACCUGGGCUCUUGUGAAUAGCGACAUACACCUUCAGCCCCUUCCUAGCCCCUUACUUGCAGCGUUCGGUAUCUUCAUCAUUCAGUCUACAUUGCCUUCCCGCUCGCGAUAUAAGGCUUGGGUCAAACAGAAGAGAGGGCUGAUAUGGUACAUGCGGCGCUGGACUAAAGAAGAAAUCGUACAAGCACUUACCCUCGUCCGCGUGUUGCCCCAAAGACCUUUGGACGAACUUGAAGCUUCUGCCGACAAAAUGAUUGCGAAGUGGGGUUGGGCCCCUCGCGACAUAGCAGCGGCGAUCGAGGAUGAGGAACAACUUGAAAACGCCCUUACUGAGGCUCUCAAACAUUUGAAGACAUCCAGUCAGCUCCUCGAACUAUUCGAACGGACCACCACAAGCGACACAAGCGACGAAUUCUCGCAUCCCAUUAUUUCUCUGUACCAUUCUGUCGCCGGAAAGCCUGUUGUCGACUUCAAGUCGGUGUAUAUCCGAUAUCGCGUGCAAUCCAAACUUGGUGGCGUUCACCGAGAAGAAGCACUUCAGCUCAUCAGACUUUGUCAACCGUACAGAGAAAGUUCUUCACUGGCUGGCUGGGCCUUUGAGAACCUCGUGUUCGACGUCUUAUGUAGCCCCGGAAAUGAGGGCGAUCUCUUUCCCCCACGCCCGGCUCCUGCGUCGGGCACAACAUGGUCGUUGCAGAUCGACCCCUUGCAGCUCGCUUCGGAGUCGACUUCGACUUCACGAGCUGUCCAUCCGUCUGGCCUUACGCGUGUCACUUUUCAGAAAUCGCUCGACAAUGUUACUUUAGACGAUACGAAACUAUUUGUCCCAUCUCAGCCCAAUUUUCCCCUUCUCGACGCCUUCUUUUUGCAGGUGGAUGGUCAAAAGAGACAGGUCACAGUAGUCGUCCUGCAAGUGACUAUCUCUUUGAAACAUGAUGGCUCUGCCAAAGGCUACGCAUUCUUAGGACGAUUGAGGACCCACUUGAUGCGUCUGGAUGUCCAAACAGAUGGAACACCCCGCUUUUCCGUCUCUUUCAUCUACCGUCUCGUGGUUCCCUCUCCCUCUGAGAGCCAGACCUUUGCUUGGAACUUUCCAGGCAACAUUCCUGAGGCGAUUUCGGGGGAUGUCUAUGUUCAAGCUGCCCGGAUAAAGGAUCCUUUCUUAUGCAAUGAAGAGGAUGAGAGCCUUUUUGUUGAAGACGCUUAG